AUCCUUUCAUUCUCAUCUUAAUAUUUAUAAACUUAAACAAGAUCAUAUCAAUCUUCCAACAACAACAUCCAAACUUAUUAAUCAUAAUAAUAAUAAUGUUGAUCCUUGUAGUUACUUAAAAUAGAAUAUACCCUUAUUAUUUAGGUACUCUCUUUGAGUUUUGGGUACUUUUUGGUCUUUAAUACAUACUCAUUUUUGGCUUCUACGCCGCUCGGAACCCAUGUCUUCUUCCUUGGCUACUGCUGCACACUUGCUUUCUGUUAUACCUGAAAAUAAUGGAGGUAAGAAAAAUGUUGGUGGCCGGCACAAAAUACAAGAGUUACAAAGAGAGGUGUCGACGCUGCAAAAUAUGUUGAGACAUGAAGAGAAAAUACGUGAAGUUUUACAACAAGUUUAUAAUCGCAAGGCUGGCAUGCCAUUCCACAUCCCGGAUCACCUCCCUCCUAGAAUGAAAGAGCUCUUAGCCGAAUUGGUAAUGAUAGAAGAUGAGAUUGAUGGACUUGAAACUCAAAUCGAUCAGCUUCGAAAAGAUGUCAAAAUCGAGCAUGAAUCAUCCAAGGACAUUAAAUUAAAGCAAUCGUUACAAUUACAAAGCACACGUUUAGUAAAAACCAAUCAGACACGUAACAAUAACAAAAAUAAUAAUGAUAAUCGAGUUGGUUAUGAAACAAGAGCUUUACAUUUUAUUAGUAAAGCCAUAAAUGGUGGUUAUGGUCUUAAUGAUUUCACAAUUAACGAGAAAAAUACUGCAAGUCCUAUUAUAAGAGAAGGGAAUUUAUCACCAUACAUACAACAACCUAAACAAAGUGGAGUUCAUGAUCAAAGAGUUAGUAAGAAAAGUGGGAGUUUGAAGCCCUCUGCUUCACCCUUGCGAACCUUCAGGGAUCCCACUCCUUUUAAGCCAAAAGAAAGGAGUGGGGAAAUCAGAUCCACGGAUCCACCCCAGAAAUCAGUAUCAACAACAAAACUAGCUCCAGUACAAGAAGAGUGUAGUAAUAAUGGAACAAAAUGGCAACCCAACAAAUUAUCAGAAAACAUAAUGAAAUGUUUAAUACUCAUUUAUGUGAGAUUAAUUAGGAUAUCAAGGCAAAGUGAGUUGGAGAAAUCAGGACCCAUAUCCAGAUCCAUGUAUUCUUCCUUAAGUUUUAGGACUGAAACUGGAAUGAGUUUAUCAACAAGCCUUAUAAAAGAGUCUAAACAACAAGAUCCGUAUGGUGUUUUCGACAUCGAAGGGGCUAUUCCGAGAGACAUUGGCCCUUACAAGAACUUAGUCGUGUUCUCUUCAAGUUGCUUAGACCCUAAAUAUGUCUCCAAUUCUAGCUCAAUCCCCUUGUUCCACAAGCUAAGAGGCUUAUUCAACAGUCUUCAAAAAGUGGAUCUAGGAUCCUUAACAGAACAACAGAAACUUGCUUUCUGGAUCAACAUUUACAAUGCCUGUAUAAUGCAUGGAUUUCUCAAGUACAGCGUGCCUUCCAGCCCAGAAAAGUUGCUUAACUUAUUAAAUAAGGCAACUCUAAAUGUAGGAGGAAAAGUAGUGAAUGCACAAGCUAUAGAGCGUUGUAUUCUAAGAAAACCAACAAUAUUAUCGUCCAAAGAUGGAAAAGAAGCCAUUAUCCAUCAACUAUUCGGUCUCCAGAUCCUGAAUCCUAAUGUCAUUUUCACUCUAUGUUGCGGAACUCGCUCUUCCCCUGCUGUAAGAAUAUACACAGCUGAAGGAGUAACAUCAGAAUUAGAGAAAUCUAAGCAAGACUAUCUGCAAGCAUCAAUAUCUGUAACAACAUCAAAGAAGAUUUGGUUACCUGAAUUACUCAUACAAAACAUGCAUGAUUUUGGGAAAGAUAUGGAUUCUUUAGUUGAAUGGGUUUGUCAUCAAUUGCCAACAUCUGGUUCUCUUAGGAAAUCAAUUGUGGAUUGUUUCAAGGAUAUUAGUAAUAGUGGCAAAGUAUCUAAUCUUAUUAAUGUUGAUAAAAUGCCUUAUGAUUUUGAGUGUCAAUAUUUGUUGCAAGUGUAAUUGUAUGUAAUUGUACUUUGUCGAUCAAAUAAGAAUUGAAUCUAGUCUAAGUUAGAGAGCAAAUUAAAUAUUAUUUUUUCAGAAUUGAUUUUAGGUUCGAUUUUCACCUAGUCAUUUGCUUUAUUCAGCCUAAUGUGAAAGAACUUAUUCAAUUGUGUCACUUGUUAAUUAAGUAAUGUUGCAGAUGAUGUUCAUCAAUUGAAAACAGUUUUUUGCUAU